UGUUACAGUGUUACUUUAUAUGAUUCAGUCACUAUACAACACAUGGCUCAAUAUUUUAUUAGUUCAGAGUUUGCUUAUAAGUUCUUAGUUGUCAUCAAUUAAACUGUGUCUUAACUUGUGUAAUAAUUAUUUGAUUAAUUAAUACUUCACUCAGACUCUCCGUGUACUGUUUUUUGAUUAAAACUUCUAUUAAAUCUCAGUGUUGGGGAAUACAAAAUGAAUCCAUACCAAGGACCGCCACAAUAUCUACACAAUAUUGGAUUUACGAACAACGCUCCACAGUCUUUUGGGAAUCCUAUGCCAAUGCCAGGAUUUCCUACAAUGGGCUAUCCGGCAUCCCAGCCGGGUUACCCAGCUGCAUCCCCUGGUUACCCUCAAUCUAACUAUCCCACUCAAGGAUACCCUCAGCAAAAUUCAGGGUACCCACAGCAAAAUCAGGGGUACCCGCAACAACCUCAGGGAUAUCCCCAGCAACCUCAGGGAUAUCCCCAACAUUCUCAGGGUUAUUCCCAACAAUCUCAGGGUUUUCCACAACAAUCUCAGGGUUUUCCACAUAACCCAGCUCAAUCCUACCCAGGUGCUCAAGAAUCAGCUCAAACUGGAUAUCCCCAACAAGGAUACCAGGCAAGUGGCUACCCACAGUCAAACGCACAGGCAUAUGCUCAUAGUAUUCAAACUCAUCAGGCUUAUGGUGCAUCAAAUCCUGUAUCUAGUACACCCAAGUCCAAACCUACAGUGGUGCCAGUGAACCCCUUCGAUCCUCGCGACGAUGCGGCGGUUCUCAGGAAAGCGAUGAAAGGAUUCGGUACGGAUGAAAAGGCCAUCAUCCAAGUGCUGACACGUCGAAGCAAUGAGCAACGUUUGCGGAUAGCGUUCGAAUUCAAGACUCUAUAUGGAAAGGAUCUCGUAUCAGACCUGAAGAGUGAGACAAGCGGAAAGUUCGAGGACCUUGUAGUGGCACUGAUGACGCCCCUGCCACAGUUCUAUGCCAAGGAGCUGCAUGAUGCAACAGCUGGUAUUGGUACAGAUGAAGAUGUCCUCAUUGAAGUCAUGUGCACUAUGUCCAACCACGAAAUUCACGUCAUCAAGCAGUCAUAUACAGCGAUGUAUGGAACUUUGUUGGAGGACGAUCUUCGUGGAGAUACAUCAGGAAACUUCAAGCGUCUCAUGACAUCAUUAUGCAUGGGCAACAGAUCUGAAGAUUUUCAUAUUGAUCGAGAGAGGGCAAGAGAAGACGCUAGAAGCCUCUUGCAGGCAGGUGAACUCCGUCUGGGCACUGACGAGUCGGUAUUCAACGCUGUGCUCUGUUCCCGUUCAUUCCCGCAACUGGCGGCCAUCUUCCAGGAGUACCAGUUCCUGACAGGACACGACAUCGAUGAUGCCAUCAAGGCAGAGUUCUCAGGCGACCUCGAGAAGGCGCUUCGUGCUAUUGUGAAAGUAGUCCGCAACAAGCCGCUGUUCUUCGCGGAGGGUCUUCACAAGUCCAUGAAGGGUCUUGGUACUAACGACAGGCAAUUGAUCCGUAUUAUGGUCACCCGAUGUGAGGUCGAUCUGGGAGACAUCGCCGAGAUGUUCCAGGCCAAGUAUGGGGAGUCUCUGCAGAGCUGGAUCGAGGGCGACUGUUCUGGCCACUACAAAAAGUGCUUCUUGGGAUUAUUAGGUUUAUACUAAGCACGUUUUUUCACAAAUAUAAUUAUAAAUAAAACUUUAUUUUUUUAAACGACAUACAUAUUCUCUAUUUUUAUUUUUUAUAUACAUCUAGCGGUAUAUUAAAACUUUUAAUUGUUUUCAUGGCGUAGUUCUUGCGUUGAUUUUCAAGUGUUUUUGUGGUAUUACUUGGCUUAAAAUUCUAUAAUUGGGAGACAUGACGUAUAUACUACUGCGCGGGACCUCUUAUGUCACUUGGACAAUUACCUUUUAUAUAUAAUAAUAAAUACUU